AUGGCGGGAGAUACUGAACUCAAUGUUGAUAAUUUGAUAGCACGAUUACUGGAAGUACGCGGAUGUCGACCGGGAAAAAUUGUUCAAAUGACGGAGGGUGAAGUACGUGGAUUAUGUUUGAAGUCUCGCGAAAUAUUCCUUAGUCAACCAAUUUUACUUGAACUUGAAGCACCAUUAAAAAUUUGCGGUGAUAUUCAUGGACAAUAUACUGAUUUACUACGUUUAUUUGAAUAUGGUGGAUUUCCACCUGAAUCAAAUUAUUUAUUUCUUGGCGAUUAUGUUGAUCGUGGAAAACAAUCACUUGAAACAAUUUGUUUAUUACUAGCUUAUAAGAUAAAAUAUCCAGAAAAUUUUUUUCUUUUACGUGGAAAUCAUGAAUGUGCUUCGAUUAAUCGAAUUUAUGGAUUUUAUGAUGAAUGCAAACGUCGUUAUAAUAUUAAACUAUGGAAAACAUUUACCGAUUGUUUUAAUUGUUUACCAAUUGCUGCUAUAAUUGAUGAAAAAAUCUUUUGCUGCCACGGAGGUUUAUCUCCCGACCUUCAAACCAUGGAGCAAAUUCGACGAAUUAUGCGUCCAACAGAUGUUCCUGAUACUGGUUUAUUAUGUGAUUUGUUAUGGUCUGAUCCGGAUAAAGAAACUCAAGGCUGGGGUGAAAAUGAUCGUGGUGUUUCAUUUACAUUCGGCGCUGAUGUUGUAGCUAAAUUUUUAAAUAGACAUGAUAUGGAUUUAAUUUGUCGAGCUCAUCAAGUCGUCGAAGAUGGUUAUGAAUUUUUUGCUAAACGUCAAUUAGUUACAUUGUUUUCAGCACCUAAUUAUUGUGGUGAAUUCGAUAAUGCUGGUGGAAUGAUGUCUGUUGAUGAAACACUUAUGUGUUCAUUUCAAAUUUUGAAACCAAGUGAGAAAAAAGCUAAAUAUCAAUAUGGUGGUCUUAAUAGUGGUCGACCAUUGACACCGCCACGUGCACCAACUACAGCUCCGCCUCAAACUCAGCCUAAAGCCAACAAAAAAUGA